GUGUCCCUGUGCCAGUGUCCCACUCCCGCUGUCCCUGUCCCGUUCCCGGUCCCCCCUCCCCUUGCCGGCCCGGGCCAUGGCCCCGGCCGUUCCCCUGUGCCGGGCGGGGCCGCCCCGUCCCCGGCCCUGGGCGGCCCGGCGCGGUCUCGCCCUCGCCCGGCUCCCGGCGCGCCGGCUGUGGCGCUGCUGGGCGCUCCUGUGGGGCUGGCUGUGGGACGGGCUCGGCCUCGCCGCCCCUUGGCUCCGCCUGGCUCGAGCCCGGCGCCUGCCGGGGCCGGCGGGGGCCGCGGGCGCCGCGGCCGCUGCCGCCUCCUCGGCGGCUUCCCCGGCCAGAGCUCCGCCGCUCGCCAGCCCGGCCGCCGGCAGCGAGCCGCCGCUGCCCGCUGCGGCUGGGGAAGCCCGGCCCGGGCCGCUUGAGGGGCGCUCGGGGGCCGUGCCGGGCCCCGGCCCCAGCGCUGACGGCCACGUCUCGCCCGCACCGAAGGCCAAGGAGCCGCUGCACGAGCGCUACCGGCUGCAUUCGCUGCUGGGCAGCGGCGGCUUCGGCCGCGUCUACGCGGGGACCUGCCUGGCGGACGGAGCCCCGGUGAGUGCAGCAGGAGGAGGAGGAGGAGGAGGAGGAGGAGGGCGGGACGGGCGGCGAGCUCAACCCGCCCUUCCCCUCGGCUUGCAGGUGGCCAUCAAAGCCGUGUCCCGGGAUGGCAUCCGGCGCUGGGGCGAGCUGCCCGACGGCACCCGGGCCCCCCUGGAGAUCGUGCUGCUGGACAAGGUGUCCAAUGGCUUCCCUGGUGUCAUCCAGCUGCUGGAGUGGUUCGAGCUCCCCAACGGGUUCCUGUUGGUGAUGGAGCAUCCGGAGCCGUCUCAGGACCUCUCUCGCUUACUGAGGGCGUGGGGGUUCCUGCCGGAGGAGAUGGCGUGGGGGCUGUUUCGCCAGGUGCUGCAGGCCGUGCGGCACUGCACCAGCUGCGGCGUCCUGCACCGGGACAUCAAGCCCCAGAACAUCCUCCUCCACCUGGCCACCGGCGAGGCCAAGCUCCUCGACUUUGGAUGUGGCACCUUCCUUAAGGACACGGUCUACACCCAGUUUGCAGGAACACUGUCAUACAGCCCGCCAGAGUGGAUCUACCUCAAGCGCUACCACGGCGAGGAGGCGACCAUCUGGUCCCUGGGCAUCCUGCUCUACCAGAUGGUCUGCGGGAAGCACCCUUUCCGCAAAGGCCCCAACACCAUCUGGGCCCAGCUCCCGUUCCCAGCACGGGUCUCUCCAGGUGGAUACCAAUCUUUGUGGCACGGGGGGAAUAACGGUGUUGGGAGAGGGCAGCGGGCUCACGAGGACGCCGCUCUUGAAGCUGUUUGUGUCCCAUGGGUGGCUGGAGGAGGUGGCCUGUGUCCUGCCAUCCUGCUCUCCUCCAAAAGGGAGAAUCGAUGGAGAAGUUUGGGCACAGCUCUGAGCACAGCCAGCACAGCCUGGGCACGUGGACAGUGGGACAGAGGGGACAGGAUCCUUCUCCAACUGACCGGCCAUUUUCCCCCCAGGUUGCCAGCACCUUAUCAGGUGGUGUUUGUCCAUCCGCCCCUCGGACAGGCCAGCACUGGAAGACCUGUUGUGCCAUCCUUGGGUGCAGGGCAUUCCCCUGCCCUAGAAGACGGGAGAGAUCCACGUGCUCCCUUUGAUCCCGGGGCCUGGCAGACAGCUGGGCCCUCGGCAGAACGCUGACAGCCUGGUCUGGCCCCCAGGGAAGGAGAAGGGGCCUCUGGAGAAGCUGUGCCGGGUGGGCCUGCUGCUGGAGACAUCGAGGACGACGUCAGGGAUGACAAGCUCUCAGUUGACCUGGACGCCGGCGAGCUGAAGAGGAUGGACUUUGAUUCUGGCCCCUUCCUCCAAGCCGUGCUCCACACGCCGUUUGCAGAUGAGUCCACACCCAGGGGGUGCUCCCGGACACGGGCAUUGCUCAGCCUGGCUGGGCACCGAAGGUUCCCCCUUUGCUGAUGGGGAACCUGAGGAAUUCUUCAGCCGGCUGCCAAGCUGCUUCUUGGCAGGAGGGCAGGCAGGUGCUCU